AUGAACAGUACGCUUUCAAGCUUUUUAAAUCGUAACGAAGCGUUAGGGCUAAACCCUCCGCAUGGGCUGGAUAUGCAUAUCACCAAGAGAGGUUCAGAUUGGUUGUGGGCCGUGUUUGCAGUCUUUGCCUUUAUUUUGUUAUGUUACAUUGUAAUGUUUUUUAUUACGGAGAAUAAGGGUUCCAGGUUGACUAGAUAUGCUCUAGCUCCUGCAUUGUUAAUCGCCUUUUUCGAAUUUUUCGCUUUCUUCACCUAUGCCUCUGAUUUAGGUUGGACUGGCGUUCAAGCUGAAUUCAACCAUGUCAAGGUUGACAAGUCCAUUACUGGUGAAGUUCCCGGUGUCAGACAAAUCUUUUACUCGAAGUAUAUCGCAUGGUUCUUGUCAUGGCCAUGUCUUUUGUUUUUAAUCGAAUUAACAGCCAGUACCACUGGUGAGACUACCGAUAUCUCGGCUUUGGAUAUGAUACACUCUCUACUAGUGCAAAUAGUAGGUACUCUAUUCUGGGUUGUUUCAUUAUUGGUUGGUGCAUUAAUCAAGUCCACCUAUAAGUGGGGUUACUACACCAUCGGUGCCAUUGCCAUGUUAGUUACCCAAGGUAUAUUGUGCCAACGUCAGUACUUCAAUUUGAAGACUAGAGGGCUCAACGCGAUUAUGUUAUGUACCAGUCUAGUGAUUGUUUGGUUGUACUUUAUCUGUUGGGGUCUAAGUGACGGUGGUAACCGUAUUCAACCAGAUGGCGAGGCUAUCUUUUACGGUGUUUUAGAUUUAUGUAUAUUUGCCAUCUACCCAUGCUACUUGGUAAUCGCAGUUAACCGUGCCGGUAAAUUGCCCAAAUUCUCUUUGACAGGAAGAUUCUCUCAUCAUCAUGCUGCAGACGAUGUAGAAAAUGCUGCUCCAGAAACAAAGGAAGCCAUUCCAGAAAGUCCAAGAGCAUCUGGAGAGACUGCUAUUCACACGGCAGGACAUGACUCUGAUCAAGUAGGUGAAGACACUGUUUAG